AUGAACAAUUGUCAAAGCUAUACAAUGGCAUUCCUCGUAUCAUGGCAAUAUGGUAAACCCGUAUCUGGUAAAUCGACAGCAGUCGAAGCAGCAAUGGCUGUGAUUGGUCAGGAAGAAAAGAUUGGAGGUUAGAUAAAAGACCUUAAUUUGGUUUAUAUAUGAGACCAGGACCGAGCUAGUCCAACUGAGAUGAUUUCGAUUUUGAUCUCUUCUCUAAAAAAACAGGUCCUAUAUAUAAGUGUGCUGUUUUCCACUAAUCGUAAAAAUGAACUCUAUCAUUGCGAUUGCAUUAAACAUCAUACAUUACUUAAUAAUAACAGAUAUGUAUAAAAUUAUUUUGUUAUAGAAUGCAUGUUAGCAGCUACAAAGGAAAUUCUCUCUCGCCAAAGUCUGCCUUAUUGGUGGGAUGAUGUUAACAACUUUGAUGUUUUGGAGAAAGUGGCACUUGCAUCUUUUAACAAGGUGAAACUGUUAAGAGUGCUGUUUAAUAGCUAAACAGUUGUUUUAAUAAUAAAAGUGAUAAUUUUAAUAAUUGUUUUAAUAAAAGUGAUAUAACUAAGUCUUAAAACUAAGACUAUUAUAAGAAGAAAAUAUAACCAACAUUUUAGGAAAUCUCAUUAAAAUUUUAGCCUAAUAUUAUAUUGCAAUUUCUCAUUUCAUGAAAAUAAAUAUAAUUAGCCUACAUUUAAUUUUGUAGUCUAGUAAGAAAACAAGAAACAUCCCUGAAUAUGGUUUCCAGAACAGUCCCAGUUAUGAUGAUGAAUCCUACAGCAAUGCCAAAUGCUGUUAA